AUGUCCAGGAAGGAGAAAGUGUCGGAGAUCCUGUUUGAGACCUUUAACGUGCCAGCCCUGUACUUGGCCAACCAGGGGGUCCUUUCUCUCUACUCCUCCGGCCUGAUCUCGGGAAGGAAGUUGGCUGCAUGUGCUGGUCGGGUUGAACUGGAUGGUGGAGGCCCUGAGGGUGCAGACAGGGUCCAGAUCCUGUUUGAGACCUUUAACGUGCCAGCCCUGUACUUGGCCAACCAGGGGGUCCUUUCUCUCUACUCCUCCGGCCUGAUCUCGGGGACGUCCGUCGAGUCCGGAGAAGGAAUGACGUUCUUCGUACCUGUCAUCGAGGGCUGUCCUCUGCGCCAGUCGACCAUGCAGAUGGACAUUGCGGGUCAAGACAUAACCCUGUACCUCCUGCGACUGCUGUCGGAAAAAGGGAACUCGCUGAUAGCCUUAGCGCAGGCCGCCACGCGCGCCCCCGACCCAGAGGUGCUGGAAUCUGAGAUGAGAGCAGACGCCGUUGUGGCUGUGCUGUCCCGUCCCCACGGCGAGGAGCGGGGCGAACGGGAGUACAUCCGGGCCCUGAAAGAGAAAUGCUGCCACGUGGCUUUGGACUUCGACAAGGAAAAGGAGGGGUUCCUCUUGUCGCCCCACCCGGGGAAGCACCAGCUGCCUGACGGCCGGGAGAUCGAGCUGGGGCAGGAGACGUUCCUCUGCAUGGAGGCGCUUUUCCAGACGGACCUCAUAGGGAGGAACAGCCUGGGCGCCCACAUGACCGCCUUCCGCUGCAUCAGCUCCUGCAGCCCCGCCCUCUGGAAGGCUCUCUUUGGCCACGUCAUGCUCUCCGGAGGCACCGGCUCCUGCAUCGGCCUGAAGUCCCGGAUGCAGAGAGAACUGUCCGCCCUGGUGUCCCCUUUAAUUAACGUGAAGGUGUGCACCUGCCCCUAUUCUGUGUACAGCGCCUGGGUGGGCGGCUCCAUCCUGUGCUCGCUCUCUACCUUCAAGGACAUGUGGGUCACUAGCGACGACUAUAAGGACAUGGGCGCCUCUGCCGUCAGCAGGAGAGCCCUCUGA